AACGUUCUAGUCCUUUCGACACUGGGUUGCGAGAAUAUAAGAGGCAGCAAAGAAUAGCGCAACAGAGACAUUGAUCCAGUGUAUCCGCGAAAUUUCAGGUAUAACUGCGCUCUGAAAGUGUGUGAACUGUACACGUUUAAUAUUUACUUAGAGAAAUCCGUGUAUUCCUGAAGCUUCAGAACUAUGGCACUUGCUACAUUGUUUGAUGAUUUUCCGAUUUUGGGAUGGAAUAACAAAACAGACCGCGUCGAACCAGGCCGUUAUUAAAUCAGUUAUUGGAUUCAUUGGAAGAUCGUAUGGAUCGUAAAGUUGGCCAAGUAUUUCGCCAGUUGCCUGCGAUUUUGCUGGAACUUGAAGAUGACUACGAACAUCAACCGCAAAGUAAGAAAAGGAAAGUGAGAUCUGGAGCGUUGUCCGAAUACGAACCGAAAUCGAAAGUUAUGGUAUCAACCAAGGACAAUAAGUUUCAAGUUAGUGUGGAUACCUCGAAUUACCAGCCAGAUGAAAUAAGUGUGAAAAUAGUGAAUGACAAAAUUGCGAUAUCGGCUAAGCACGAAUCUAAAGGAAAUGAUGUGUAUGAGUAUCACGAAAUGUAUCGCUGUUUCGACCUUCCAAGUGGUGUGGAACCGAGUGCCGUUACUUCUCGUUUGAGUGCUAGUGGACAGUUGACUGUAGAAGCCCCGUUGAAGACUAAGGAAAGCUUGGUCGAGCGAACUGUUCCUGUUGAAAUUCAAAACAAAGAGCAGCAGACCGUUGAUAUUACCAAAACGCCAACCAAAGAUCAGAGUUCAGAAACUAAGUAAGGACUGUUCAGAGACUUUUUUCCAAUUUCAUUUAAUGUCACUUGUUUUCUGUAAUAGUAAUUGAUCGUCUUGAUUUAUUAUGGCAUUUCAUUAUGUAUAUCCAUUUUGUAUAUUUUAAGUUACUGUAACACUUUGCAUUUUUGUAAUAAAAAGUGUGAAUACAUUA